CGAGCCUUCGCCGCGAAGGGCAGGAGAAGCCGGAGAAGAGGAGCGGCGAUGGCGGUGGUAGCGAGCUCGGUGGUGCACGAUGUGCUAGGCAGUCGAGCGGUGGACGUCGAUAAGCCCAUCAUCGACUACAUUAUCAACGUCCUCGCCGACGAGGAUUUCGACUUCGGCGUCGAUGGCGAUGGCGCUUUUGAGGCCGUCGGUGACCUCCUUGUUGAUUCCGGCUGUGUUGAAGACUACGAGGAAGGCCGAUUGGUUUGCAGCAAAAUCUCGGAGAAGUUUGGCAAACAUGGGUUGGUGAAGCCAAAGGAAGCCGUGCGGAGCCUAGCGACACCGCUGCGGAUGUUUGAUGGGAUGGACGAUGGUGAACCUGUAAAGAAAAAGGUUGAGUUGUUGGAUGGUCCUGUGUUGACUGAACGCGAUAGAGUAAAGCUCGAGAGAAGAAAGCGGAAAGAGGAGAGACAGAGAGAGGCCCAAUAUCAAAUGCAUUUGAAGGAGAUGGAAGCUGUUAAAGCAGGAAUGCCAGUUGUGUCUGUAAGACAUGAAGGUGAUGGAGGGUCGGCAGCCAAGGAUAUACAUAUGGAGAACUUCAACAUCUCCGUUGGUGGCCGUGAUCUAAUCACUGAUGCUUCAGUUACUCUUUCUUUUGGAAGACACUAUGGUCUUGUUGGCAGAAAUGGGACUGGUAAAACGUCUUUCCUCAGACAUAUGGCCAUGCAUGCUAUUGAUGGUAUUCCUAGGAACUGCCAAAUAUUACAUGUGGAACAAGAAGUUGUGGGAGAUAAUACAUCAGCUCUGCAGUGUGUCCUAUUAGCUGAUAUUGAAAGGGCACAGCUGCUGGAAGAAGAAGCCCAGCUACUUUCUCAACAGAGAGAUCUGGAAUAUGAAGCUGAAUUUGGGAAUAGUAAUGGACAUCUUAAAGGGGGCCUUGACAAAGAUACUAUUUCAAAAAGGCUUGAAGAGGUGUAUAAAAGGCUCGAAUUCAUUGAUGCAUAUUCAGCAGAGGCACGUGCUGCUUCAAUUCUUGCGGGUCUUAGCUUCAGUCCAGAAAUGCAGAAAAAGCCUACUAAAUCUUUUUCUGGAGGAUGGCGUAUGCGAAUAGCUCUAGCACGUGCUUUAUUCGUCGAGCCUGACUUGCUACUUCUUGAUGAGCCUACGAAUCAUCUUGAUCUUCAUGCCGUGUUAUGGCUGGAGUCCUACCUAGUGAAAUGGCCAAAGACGUUCAUUGUUGUUUCUCAUGCUAGAGAGUUCCUAAAUACGGUAGUUACAGAUAUACUCCAUUUACAUAAUCAAAAACUGAUUGCUUAUAAGGGAGACUAUGAUACCUUUGAAAGAACACGUGAGGAGCAGCUCCGAAAUCAGCAGAAGGCCUUUGAGACAAGUGAAAAGGCUAGAGCCCACAUGCAGGCAUUUAUUGAUAAAUUCCGUUAUAAUGCUAAACGUGCCUCUCUGGUCCAGUCAAGAAUAAAGGCAUUGGAGCGAAUGGGUCAUGUAGAGGAAAUCAUCAAUGAUCCAGACUACAAAUUUGAGUUCCCCACCCCUGAUGAUCGACCUGGUCCACCCAUCAUAAGUUUCAGUGAUGCAUCUUUCGGUUAUCCAGGAGGGCCUACAUUGUUUAAGAAUUUGAAUUUUGGAAUAGACCUAGACAGUCGAAUAGCUAUGGUUGGUCCCAAUGGUAUCGGCAAGUCAACUAUUCUAAAAUUAAUCUCUGGAGAACUCCAACCAACUUCUGGAACAGUUUUUCGUUCUGCCAAGGUUCGCAUGGCGGUGUUUAGUCAGCAUCAUGUUGAUGGGCUUGAUUUAUCCUCAAAUCCUCUUCUUUAUAUGAUGCGUUGCUUCCCGGGAGUACCAGAACAAAAACUACGAGCACACCUAGGUUCUUUUGGUGUCUCGGGCAAUCUUGCACUUCAACCAAUGUAUACUUUGUCAGGUGGUCAGAAAAGUAGAGUUGCAUUCUCAAAAAUCACUUUCAAGAAACCGCAUAUAAUUUUGCUGGAUGAGCCAUCAAAUCAUCUUGACUUGGAUGCAGUUGAGGCACUUAUCCAAGGCCUAGUCAUCUUUCAAGGAGGGGUUCUGAUGGUGAGCCAUGAUGAACACUUGAUAUCAGGCAGUGUUGGUGAGCUGUGGGUGGUGUCUGAGGGAAAGGUCAACCCAUAUUCAGGAACAUUUCAGGAUUAUAAGAAGAUGUUGAAGUCAUCUUCUUGAGCAAUCUCCAUCAUCUCCCUCUUCACUCUUGCCCAUACAAAGACAUUCUGAAACAUAUUGCUAAUCAUAUAUGACUCAGAGUUAUUACUGAAAUCUCUGUUUCCCCAUGUUUAUGUUUCAAGAUAAUAGACAACAAGAUUGCACAAACUUUGUCAUUCUACUUCAAUGUAAAAUGAACUGAAUUUUGUAUCAAUGUUUUCACUUCAUUAUAUUUUCAUGUUUAUAUA